CUGAAUUACUCUUACGUUACAUCGAACAAAUCUUUAACUUCUUGAUGAUGACUUGGAAUGAUAUUGAUAGAUCAGAGAUUAUUGUCCGUAGCAUGAUUGGUUUAAUUGGUGAUCUAGCUGAAGCUUUCCAAAAUGGCCAAAUCAAACAAUGGUUCGUGGCCGAUUUUGUUCAUGCUGCAUUGAAGGAAGGUCGAACUAAUCGCAAUUUGCCUAAUGGUACAAAAGAAGUUACUCGAUGGGCUAAGGAGAUGGUUAAGCGCGCAAGUCAAUAA